GCUAGUAGGGUAUCAGUGGUUUGCUUAAGUUGUAGGAUUGGUAUAUUUGAGGACGUUACCUACGACUGUCAGAAGUGUCGAGGAUCAUCCACGAGAGAUAUCUGGUGGUAGUCUGGUAGAUUUAGUAUUCUCAUCACACUACUGGUGGUGUUUGAGAGGUGGAAAUGGCAGAGAUGGAAGAGGAUCAGGUGGGCGAGAGGAGGGAGAUCCCCCCGGCAGUUAAUUACUGGGCGAUGGAGGAUCGGGCCUGUCAAUCUAUUGGUCAUUGUUAUGACGAAGGGGUGUUUCCAGCGACCUCAACAGUGGUUGGGGAGGUCAUUGAAGAUGAGAGAGGGAGGAGAUUUCGUGUUAAUGAUUCGUUCGAUGCCAUCAAAGAACGAUGGCUGAAGGAGAGGACCGUUAUCGUGAUCUUCCAGGAUGAAGCCAGGGAUUUGACUAGAGCAGUUAAGGAGGACCUUGUGAGGGCUUUUGAGGAUGGUUGGUUCGCCCGCCGCUUGUUCAACCCGGAAAUUCGUCGUGGCAGAGUAAAGUUUGAAGCUCCCAACGUGCUCUCGUACGUGGCAAAAGCAGUGGAAGUGGCGGCAUGGAUGGUGAGAAAGGGCUCUACUCGUCUCAACUUGAGGGGGGAAGAUUAUCCCGUCACGUUCAAGGCUUGGAUGACUAAAGCAGAGCUGAAGGAGGUCAGGCUACAGGACGCAGAGACUAAUUUCUAGAUCAUUGCGAUCCGUGUACCUCUCGAUGCUAUGUGCUACCUACCAGCGGCAGUAGAAAACCUAUUCGGUGGAGUCAAACUGAUGCAUGCGCCAGAGGCUGACCGGUCCAGACCGAAGUUAGUCAAUGUCAAGAUCGAUAUGGAUCCGGAGGCGCGGCAUCGGGUGGAAGAAUCGCUAAUUAUCGAGUCGCCAAAAGAAGAGUGGUGGAAGGUGCAGAUCGCCACCCCUUUUUUCGAUUGGUGUCGAAGAUGCCGGCAAUAUUUUCAUACUGAAGAUGCUUGUCCUAGGGCAGCUACAGAUUU